AUGGACAGACGCGAACCCAGUACCGACUCCUCAGUGGAGUCGAAUGAGAUUGAGUAUCUCUACCUUGAGCUAGAGACCCCGCUCCCUACACCAUGCAUUACUCUACCUCCAUCUGCGGGCCAAUCUGCACCACCCGAGGCUCCAAGCUUGGAAAAGUAUACUUCGCCAUUCCUAUGGCCGCAGUGGCGAAAAUGGAUGAUGACUUGGAUUGCCUGCGGAGUGACAGCGCUGGCGGGUUAUUCUGCUGGCGAGGUCAGUCCGGCAUCUGAUGAGUUGACUGCGAAAUGGGGCAUCAGUGCUGUGGUGUAUAACCUCAGUAUUACGAUCUUUUGUAUUGGGUUUGCCCUUGCGCCUAUGAUCCUUGCCCCAUUUUCGGAAAUUAAUGGUCGCCGGCCUAUCUUUGUUGUUAGCGGCGUCGUUUUUGUUGCUUGUCUUAUUGCAUGUGGAGGAACUCACUCAUUCGCCGGGUUGCUGGUCGCCCGUUUCAUCCAGGGAUGUAGUGCUUCCACGUUCUCGACUAUGGUCGGUGGUGUUAUUAGUGAUAUCUUCCACGCGCAUGAUCGCAACACCCCGAUGGCCCUCUUCUCCGGCGCUGCAUUGUUCGGAACUGGCCUGGCACCUAUUAUUGCUGGUGCGAUCGUCACGCGUACCAGCUGGCGCUGGAUCUACUACUCGCACGCUAUUGUGUCUAGUGUUUUCGUUGUCAUCAUUUACUUCUUCUUCAAAGAGACACGCGGUAGUGUGAUUCUGAGCCGCAAGGCCAAUGCUCUGAACAAAUACUACGAGAAGCUUGAGGAGGCGGGCCAUAUUGGCGUUAUCACGGUUUCCGAAGACCAACCUGAAAAGCAGACUAUCCGACGAAUUCGAUGGAAGGUUGAGAGCGAUGAACAGCGCGCUUCAUUGCUUACUGCAGUCCAAAUCUCAAUUUAUCGUCCUUUCCAUAUGCUUUUCACCGAGCCUGUGGUAUUCUUCUUCUCCCUUUGGGUAUCAUUCAGCUGGGCCACUCUCUACCUCCAGUUUAGCUCGAUUCCUUUGGUCUUCCGCACAAACCACAACUUUACCGUUGAGCAAACCGGUGCCGUUUUUACCUCCCUGUGUGUCGGUGUCGUUAUUAUUACACUUAUCAGUAUUUACCACGAAUCAAUCGCUGCGAAAUUCGGAAAGCUGCCCUCAACCGCCGAAGGCCGGCUAUACUUUGUCUGCAUUGAAUCCAUUCUCCUACCGAUCGGUCUAUUCUGGUUCGGCUGGACUUCCUACCCGUCUGUACCUUGGAUCGUGCCUACUAUUGCAAUCGGUUGUGCGGGUAUGGGUAUUUUUUCGAUUUACCUUGCGACAUUCAAUUAUUUGGCAGACACAUACCAUCGCUACGCUAGUUCGGCGAUUGCGGCGCAAUCAUGCUGCCGAAAUCUGCUUGGUGGUAUCUUCCCAUUGGUUACAAGUGCAAUGUUUACGAACCUUGGAUAUCCCGAGGCCUCCAGUCUUCUGGGUGGAAUUGGACUUGUUCUUACCCUCGUGCCUUGGGUAUUGGCUUUCUACGGGCCAAAGAUUCGCGCCCGUAGCAAGAUGGCUAGUGAGCUGAACAAGUGA